UAAAAUGGGUCGAUUGCAUCCUAAAAUAAUAUCUGUGUGUUAUUCAGCAUAUACUAUGAAUAUAGACCGGUAUUAUUUGUAGUUUGCAUCGCAGAGUAUAUUUGUAUAUAAGUUUCGAUUUAAUUAUACUGUGUGUAAGUCUUUCGAUAUGUGGCAUAAUCAGGCUGUGUUAUGAAUGAGGAGGCACUAUUGGCACGGGCUUCGGAGGAGCGGGAGCGAAUCUUCCAGAGGUAUGAACGGGGACGAGAAAAUCUUGCUGGACAAAUAGAUCCCUGGGAAGAUCCAGAAUUUGAAGAAUAUCACAAAACUGAUAGAUAUGGCUUCAUUCACGAUGAACGGCUCCCGCAGAAAACGGCGCCGCAAAAAAUCAAUAUAGAAGUUGAAAGAGAGAAAAAAUGGGUGAAAAUGCUAGGGACAUGGGAUACGCCUGCUACCAAAGAAAAACUUCACAGGCGUAUUUACAAAGGCAUUCCAAAUUCAUUGCGAAUUAAAGUUUGGUGUAAAUUAAUGGACGUUAAUAGAAUAAAAUCUGAUAAUCCUGGGAAAUACCAAGAAAUGCUAAAGUUAGCGAAACAUUGGUCAACAGAUGUCAGACAAAUAGAUUCAGAUGUGAACAGACAAUUUCGUGAACAUCAGUUUUACAGAGAAAGAUACUCAGAGAAGCAGUGUUCCCUAUUUAAUGUAUUAUGCGCCUAUAGUAUGUAUAAUUCUGAAGUAGGCUACUGUCAAGGAAUGUCGGGAUUGGCAGGCGUCUUACUAAUGUACAUGGAUGAGGAAGAUGCCUUUUGGGCUUUAGUAGUACUCCUCUCUGAUAAGAAGUAUGUUAUGCACGGACUGUACGUUGAAGGCUUUCCAAAAUUAACACGGUUCUUGGAACACCAUGAUAAGAUACUCACAAAGUUUAUGCCAAAGCUGAAACAUCAUUUUGAUAAAUUUGGCCUUGACGCAAUAUUAUACUCCUUGAAAUGGUUUUUUGUGUGUUUUGUUGAACGAGUACCAUUUAGUUUAUGUUUGAGAGUUUGGGAUAUUUACUUACUCGACGGAGAAAGAGUUAUAACCGCAAUGGCAUACACGAUACUCAAGCUUCACAAAAAAGCUAUAAUGAAACUGAAUGAUAUGGAUCUUAUUGUUAAUUUUAUACAGGUUAAAUUACAUAAAGAUUUUGGGUAUGAAGAUGAUAUAGUAAUUAAUCAUUUGGAACGAUCCAUGGAGGAGUUAAAGCGGGCGAAGCUUGAUUACCCAGGUCCUCCGCCAGUUAAUGAACUGCCAAAGAGAUCACUGGGCAUAUUUAUAGAGCCCGACAAGAAAUCAAAAAUUGGUCAACGUGCGGAAAACUUCUCUGACACUGAGAAACAAACUAGGGCUACUGUGAUACUGAGGUAUGCAAAAUUGGUUUUAUUAAGUCAUCCAGUUUAUGUAUUAUCGAUAUUUAUAUAUUAUAAUUGUUACAGACGUGAAAAAGCAGCGUUAGAGUUACAAGAACUCCGAGUAUCACAAAGCGAUACAGUUUCAGUACUUUGUCGCAAUCACAGUGGUGUAGCGGGCGGCGGGGCACGCUGCGACGACUCGGUGUCCGCGUUGGGUUCGUCGCGGCGUUCGUUGGCGGACACCAGCGUGACCAGUACCGCGGACCUUAGUGUAUUCUCGAGCGGGCGGUCCCACGCGCCAGACAAUUCCAAUGACACUCACAGCAACGUUAGCGACGAUGUCACAGGGUCAGAUGGAUCGGGUAUAUGUGCGUUAAGCAUACAAAGAGCGCCAUCGACGACCCACUCGACCCCGCGAGCGACUCCUCACCCGCCCUCGAUAUCGCCGUUGUCCGAUGAUGUGGUCCGCAUUCACGUCACUUACAACCCACUGGCAGCUAGUCCAUCGCAUUUGCAUCCAAUCAGCCCCUCCAAAUACAAGGCAGAGGACCAUCACAAGGCAAUGUCUCUAGGAUUUUACACUAGCAAUGGAGCAAACAAUCUCCCAUCCGAUAACCGGAUCAGAAUCCAAGUUCCUUCUGAAGAAGUACUCACGCCCGUCGUGGACUCUGGUAGGAUCAUCACUCAAAGGUACAUUGAAUCUCAUUCGGAACUGUAUGAUCUGAAAUAAUUAUGCACUCACUUUACAAAGGUGUAAUGCGAACUGCUUGGCAGUCGAGUCUGUUAUUUGAUGUUAUGGCCAGUUAAGGUAAAUAU